AUGUGUACAACAAUUGGAAGAGUCGGUGGCGGUAGCAGAAGCAGUGGCUGUGAUGACGAUAGUGUUGGUGACGCUGAUGGAGCUGGUGGUGGUAGUGGUAGUGGUGGUGGUAGUUGUGGUGAUGGUGGUGGUGGUGGUGAUAUGAUGAUGAUGAUGAUGAUGAUGGUGAUGGUAAUGGUAAUGAUGGCGAUCGGGUACGGUUGGUUAGUAGUGAUAGUAGUGAUGGACGAAUGA